AUGGAGUCCUCCAAGGCUCAGGAUGUGAUCACUCCGGUCAAGAAUGAACAGUCGCCAGAUUCUCACGGGUCGCCGACGCCGAUGGCGAAGGUCGUUGCAAACGCGAGGGCAGCUGCUCACAAGGAGCAGAAGAUGACGCUAUUACAGGGGAUAAAACUCUAUCCCAAGGCUGUCAUGUGGAGCGUUAUCAUCUCUACAACAAUUGCUAUGGAAGGUUAUGAUAUUUCUUUGGUCAACAACUUCUAUGCCUUUGAACAGUUUAAUCGCAAAUAUGGCGAGCUGGGAGCAAACGGGGAGUAUCAAGUACCUGCACGGUGGCAGUCCGGUUUGAGUAACGGGGCGUAUGUCGGCGAAAUCAUCGGUCUAUUGCUCAACGGUUGGGCCUCUGAAAGGUUCGGAUACCGGUAUACGGUCAUGGCUUGUCUUAUCCUCAUCACAGCCUGGACAGCCAUCUUCUUCACGGCUCCUAAUGUCCAAGCUCUACUGGCCGCCGAAAUACUCGCUGGUGUACCCUGGGGAGUCUUCCAAACAUUAUGCGUCACCUAUGCCUCCGAGGUCUGUCCGGUUGCGCUACGCAGCUACCUCACCACGUACGUCAAUUUCUGUUGGGGUCUGGGACAACUUAUAGGCGUCGGCGUGAUCCGGUCGAUGAUCGGCCGGGAGGAUGAAUGGGCUUAUCGCAUUCCGUACGGAUUACAAUGGAUGUGGCCGGUGCCACUUUUCAUCGGGAUUUGGUUGGCGCCCGAGUCGCCCUGGUGGCUAGUCCGGAGGGGCAAGACACAGGACGCUAAAAAGUCACUGCAGCGUUUGACGAGUCCACACCGAGAUACCGACUUCAAUGCGGACGAAACCAUCGCCAUGAUGGUCCACACCACAGCUCUGGAACAGAAAUUAACAUCGGGCGCUAGCUAUUUAGAUUGCUUCAAAGGAGUUGAUCUGCGGCGCACAGAAAUCGUCUGCAUGGUAUGGGCUAUCCAAAACCUCAGCGGCAAUUCUUUCUCGAACUACUCGACGUACUUUCUCCAACAGGCGGGACUGGACGACGAGAAGGCAUACUCAUUUGCAAUGGGCCAGUACGGCAUCAACAUGGUUGGAGUCUUUGGAGCAUGGUUCCUCAUGUCGUGGGGUAUCGGCCGUCGAAAGCUCUAUCUUUACGGUUUAUGUGGGCUCUGCGUAAUGCUGCUGGUUAUGGGAUUUCUCGGCCUUGUUCCAGAGUCUCACCGGACACAGUCUUCGCUCGCCACCGGGUCAAUGAUGCUUAUAUGGGCGCUGUUCUACCAGUUAACAGUUGGAACCGUGGCCUACUCUCUCGUCGCAGAAAUCUCGACACGCCGUCUGCAGAUCAAGACCGUCGUUCUCGGCCGUAUCCUAUACAACAUUGUUGCCAUCAUCUGCGGUGUUCUCACGCCGUACAUGGUGAACCCGACGGCUUGGGACUGGGGCAACUUUGCUGGUCUUUUCUGGGGAGGGAUUUGCUUUCUUUGCAUCAUCUAUACCUAUUUUCGCGUUCCUGAACCGCGGGGGCGCACAUUCGCCGAGCUGGACGUUCUCUUUGAGCGCAGGAUCAGUGCUCGUAAGUUUGAAAGCACGCAGGUCGAUGUUUUUGAUGAGACAUUUGAAGGCAAGGUGGUUGAGGACUAUCAAAACCAGAAAGGGCUCCCGGAUGAUCCGGAGAAACUACCUACUGGCGUGUUCUGA